GUACAGACCAUGUUCCUCCUUCCACUAAUCAUGAGCCUGGGAAUGCAGCUUCAUCAGACAGCAGCUUUAUUCACAGUGACGAUCCCUAAGGAACUGUACACAGUAGACUAUGGCAGCAAUGUGACCCUGGAGUGUCACUUUGACACCGGAGGUCACGUGGAACUCAGAUACUUAAAGGCCAGUUUGCAGAAGAUGGAAAACGAUACAUCCUUGCAGAGCGAAAGAGCCAGCUUGCUGGAGGAGGAGCUGCCCCUGGGGAAGGCCUUAUUCCACAUCCCUCGAGUCGAAGUGACAGACGCGGGCCAGUACCGCUGCCUGAUCAUCUACAGGGUCGCCUGGGACUACAAGUACCUGACUCUGAAAGUCAAAGCUUCCUACAAGAAAAUAAAAACUCAUUUACUUAGGAUCCCGGGGGUAGAUGAGGUAGAGCUCACCUGCCAGGCAGAAGGUUAUCCACUGGCAGAAGUGACCUGGCCAAACGUCAGUGUUCCCGCCAACACCAGCCACAUCAAGACCUCGCAAGCCCUCUACCAGGUCACUAGUGUUCUGCGCCUAAAGCCACACCCUGGCACGAACGUCAGCUGUGUGUUCUGGAAUGCUAACGUGAGAGAACUUACUUCAGCCGUCAUUGACCCUCAUGGUGGCAAAGAACUUGACACCUCUUCAAAUCGGCUGCUUCAUGUUUUCAUCCCUUCCUUCGUCAUUGCUUUGAUGUUCGUAGCUACAAUGAUAGGCUUAAGAAAACAGCUCUUCCAAAAGCUUUCCUUUAGAAAAGACACAACAAAAAAAUCUGACACCACCGUAAGGAGGGAAGUGGACAAAGCUAUUUGAACCUGUGGUUUCAGGAGCUGGGGUGACCUGAUGGGACAUCCUCAAGAAGCUUCUGGACUCUGAACAAAAGAGAGG